AUGGGUGAUCAACAAACCCAGAAGCAUAGAGUUCUGAUGGUAUCUGAUUUUUACUAUCCGAACUUUGGUGGUGUCGAGAACCAUGUGGUGGUGGUGACUCAUGCUUAUGGAAAUCGUUCUGGGGUUAGAUAUAUGACUGGUGGUUUGAAAGUUUACUAUGUUCCAUGGAGACCAUUCUUUAAUCAGAGUACAUUUCCAACCUUGUACGGGUUGCUACCAAUUAUAAGAGCAAUUCUCAUUCGAGAAAGAAUUACUGUAGUACAUGGGCAUCAAACCUUCUCAACACUUUGCCAUGAUGCACUUUUGAACGCGAGGAUCAUGGGAUACAAGGUUGUGUUCACAGAUCAUUCAUUGCAUGGGUUUGGGGAUGUUGGAAGCAUCCAUAUGAACAAGGUGAUGCAGUUUACCUUGGCAGAUGUGAGUCAAGCAAUCUGUGUUUCCCACACAAGCAAGGAAAACACAGUGUUGAGGUCAGGUUUGGCACCAGAGAAGGUUUUUGUUAUUCCUAAUGCUGUUGACACUGCCAUGUUCAAGCCAGCAAUGGACCGUCCUAGAGGAUCGGAGAUUGUUAUUGUUAUUAUUAGUCGAUUGGUUUACCGGAAAGGAGCAGACUUACUUGUUGAAGUCAUUCCAGAAGUUCGAUUCAUUAUUGGUGGUGAUGGACCUAAGCGUGUGCGGUUGGAAGAGAUGAGAGAAAAACAUUCUCUUUUUGAUAGAGUUGAUUUACUGGGAGCUGUACAACAUACACAAGUUCGAUCUUAA